AGUUAUCUUAGGCAAACAAUAACAAUUGACUGCCUUUUAUUUUGACACUUGCGUGUUUGAUGGAUUUUUGACAUUUUUUUUUGUAAAACGUUUUCUGCCUCACUUCUAAAGAGUGAAAGCGUAAGCGAAGAAGAUGGGAGCAGCACGUUCAAAAGAACCCCGUUCUGUAUCAAUGGACAAUCCAUCACCGGCUGGGGUAAUAGAUGUUUCGGAUGAUGUGGUGGAGCGACUUAAACUGGGCAUAUCCAGACAAGCUAAAGAUAGUGGUAAGACGAAGACGACUGGCAUUUCAGCAGCAAAAGAAGUACCGGUGUCUGUAGCGGAUGCGCCAGCUGUUCAGCGACAACCAGCGGUCGUUUAUCAAAAUCCCCCUCCUGUAGUAUAUUCCGGCCCAGCAGGUUUUACCAUUACUGCAGCCGAUAUUCGUCGUCAAAAAGAUAUUGAAUUACAACAGAAUGAUGCCAUGUGGCGUCAACGAAUGUCUCAGCUCGAACAAAAUCUUAAGAAAACUAAUACCAUUAUGGAGGCGGAAUAUUCUUCGGCUGUAGAAGAUGUACGUAAACGAUUUGCCUCAGCCCCCGCAACUCUUCAACCUCCCCCAUGCCAAGAUCUAAAGGCUCAGAUUAUAGCUUGUUAUCGUGCUAAUCCUGGUGAGACUCUAAAGUGUGCUGAACAAGUAGCGGCUUUUCGUAACUGCGUCAACGCGCACCGCGUUAAAACGCUCGACGAAGAAGAUCCGAAAGGCAAGGCCACGGUCAGCAAAACGUCAACUGCAAAGGCUGCAUAACUACACACCGACUCCUAGACAUCUUUUGAAACUCGGUUAAUCCAUAACGUAAAUCCAUAGAGUAAUUUAUACCUUCGCUGAGUUGAAGAAGUUCCUCGACCAUUCGGAUGGGCGUUGCUAAUGCAACGGGUCUGAUUUUUCGAAACAUAAUUUGUUGCUAGGUUUGUUUUAUUUGUACAGUUUUCAAUGACGAAACAUUUUCUGCCCAUGUAUUUAAGAUAUUGAUAUUGAAUAAUGUGCUGCUUUAGGAUACGAAUGAAAAGUGAAAGUGAAAAUAAUAACGAAAAUUUUUAAAGUGGU